UACGCGACAGUGUCAGAUGGAACUGAUGACGGUGGUGGUCGAAUCGCUUAUUGGGAAUAUCGUCGAAACUGGUGGUGUGAAAAACGUGCUGUGACGUAUCGAAUGGAUAUUGCGGGAAGAAUGCUGCGCAGGGAGACGGCGACAAAGAAUCGGGCCACGAGCCAAUCAGUGGCAACCUGUCGCAACAAGGCCUGCAUGAUCACGGGGACCAACAAGAGGGUCAAAGACCAACAGAACCAGAAGAAGCAGCCAUUGGUCAGCACAUUUCGAAACAUGGACACCACAACGUCUGUUGACAACAUGGCCGAGGCUGGGAUGGACUACAGCAAGCACGUUCGCAGUAUCCGGCGGAUCGUCGUCUCGGACGUCAACCUCCUCCGGCAGCUCUCAGUAUCUGGAAGGCGGACGCUGGAAGAAGUAGAAGAGGGCCUAUUUCAAGUGCACAGGACGCACGGACACGUCACCACGAGGACGCACGAGCUCAUGUACAGGUUGCAGGAUAUGCUCCUCGUGGAAGAAUGCAAUCGUCUACGGAAGCAGAUGAGCAAAAUCUCCAGCCUGCCACCCGACAAAAAGAGUGACAAGAUCAAGGAGAGGGAGCAGCAGCUCAUCUGCCGCAUAGUGAGGAUCGUCAACAAGAGGGACGCUAUCUUGGCUGACCUCCACAUAGAGCAGAUGAGAGGAACUGAUGAGCAAGAACAAAUCGACAAAGAGUACCAGAAGUGGAAGAGAGAAUGGACCAGGAUGUUCCACACUCCAGUCAUCAAGGAGCCCAACAAGCCCUCGGUCUUCAAAUCCGUCGGCAAAAGACUGCUCAACAAUAAGCAGCGGAAGAACGGCAAGAGCUGAAGGGCGCCGAUCAACUCUCCGUCGUACAUCCCCCUCCUACCUCAGUCACCUCCAGCAUCAGUGACCAACGAGAGACUGCAGUGUGCGUGCUGGGAUAGUGAUGUGUGACCCACACUUGAUACGUGUUGGUUAUGAAGACAGGAUUCAGCGGAGUCAUUAUAGUGUGGACUUUAAAUGCUGAGAUAUUUGUAUUAUCAACUGCUGAGGCGUCAGAAUCUCAGCAGCAACCCAGAACCAAAGAGAAUUACGAGCGUACGGGACUUCGGAGAUCACGAUGUCCAAUGUGUGAUAUGUAUAGUUUUGUCUUUUGAAUAGAGAUGCAUGCCAUGUUCAAGGAACACAAGCAGCCAAAGAAUGCUAAUUUUGUAAGCAGGACCUCAAUGUGUAACUACUUUUACAAGCUGAACAAACUUUACACUAAUUAUCGAAACAAACUACACGGACCAGCGCAACGUGUAAUUCAAAUAUUAAACUCAAGCGCAUGUUAGUGUUGUGACAGUCUGCAACAUUAAUUAUGCUGUAUCUCAAGCAAUGCAGCGGUUAUUCUUCGUGUUGAUGAAGCAUUAACAGUGUAAUAAAUAACCUGCAACGAGUAAAUUUUUUAGCAUCAUUUUCACCGAUGGUUGUUCAGCUGCCCUUUCUUACAAUACGGUGUAUUCUUGACCAAGGGAUGAGUUGUGGCCAUGUUGACGAUGCGUGAACAAUUUUUUGUAACAAAUGUGUUGCUCUUGAUGUAAAUAAGUACAGAUGACCAUUUUUUUUAGAAGACGCCAAUUUUAAUGUUGCCUAAAGCCACGGUUCCGUCAUGCAGUGCUGUUCAAUAAAUAUUGCAUAAAAGUGG